AUGGAAAUCAAUAGAUAUUUAAACUUAUUUAUAUUAUUGGGUGCUAUGAUGAUUGCUAGCACAAGUUGCGAGUACCUUCAAAUUAAUUAUUACCCAGAGUCGACAUGUACAACUCAAACUAUCGCACAUGAAUGGAUCCUUUUGGAUCAUUGCAACAAUGGUAUUGUGUAUCGUCAAGAAGAAUCUGUUGCCACGGAUAACUCUUCUUCUAUUGGUCUUCCAAUUUCAUCGUCAUCGUCAUUAUUGUCAUCUUCAUCGUCUUCAACUAUCGUCAAACAAUACAUAUGCCUUGAUACAACAAAAUGUGAAAAGAAUUGUUUGGAACUAAACACUAUUACUCCAAACCGAGAAUGUUUACUCACCGUUGCAACCAAAGAGAAUAUUUCCUAUGAAAUUGUUGUCAAUGAAAAUAGAACCUAUGACAAUGAAUUUGGUAAUUGUUGGUCAUUUGAUUAUCAAACUAAUUGUACAAACCAAAUAAUUCAUAUGACAGAAUAUAGAAAUAAUAUAGUAUCAAAAGGAUACAAGAUUAAUUGUACCAAUGAAAAUUACUAUUAUUAUAGUUGUCUUGAUAUCGAUUGUACAAUGACUACACGUGCCUCUGUUUAUCCACUCAAAAAGUGUUUGGUCAAUUCUAAUAAGCUUCUCUCAACCUACAUGUCAUACAUUCCAAAAAACACAACUACACCAGUUCCAUCCAGAACACCAAAACCAUCGGUUUCUCCGUUCACCACCAAUCAAUUAACACUUGGCAGUAGCAAUAAUCCAAGUUCAACUUCUGAAAGUGACGCCAUAUCAUUCCUACAACACUAUUCAAUAUUAAUUAAUAUUAUUGCCAUCAUCUUUGUUUCUUUACUAGUUUUCGUUCAUUUUUAA